AUGUCCCAGAACGAUUCUUAUUUGACUCCACUAUCAUCCCGUUAUGCAUCUAAGGAGAUGUCGCACAUUUUCUCCAUUAGAAAUAGAUUCUCAACAUGGAGAAAGCUCUGGUAUAACUUAGCAAUUGCAGAAAAGGAAUUAGGUUUGGAUAUCAUUACCGAUGAAGCGAUUGCUCAAAUGAAGGAACAUUUGGUUAUUACAGAUGAAGAAAUUGAAGCAGCAAAGAUUGAAGAAUCCAAGGUCAGACAUGAUGUCAUGGCACAUGUUCAUGUAUUCGGUGAGACAUGCCCUGCUGCCUCCGGUAUUAUUCACUUGGGUGCAACUUCAUGUUUUGUUACCGACAAUGCAGAUCUUAUUUUUUUGAGAGAUGCAUACGACAUUUUGAUUGCCAAGUUAGUCAAUGUCAUCAACAGAUUAGCCAAGUUUGCAUACGAAUAUAAAGAUUUACCUGUCUUGGGUUGGACCCAUUUCCAACCAGCACAACUAACCACGGUCGGUAAAAGAGCAACAUUAUGGCUACAAGAGCUAUUGUGGGAUUUGAGAAAUUUCCAAAGGGCAAGAGACGAUUUAGGGUUGAGGGGUGUCAAAGGUACCACUGGUACACAGGCAUCUUUCCUUUCAUUGUUCCACGGUAACCAUUCCAAGGUUGAAGAGUUAGAUGAAAGAGUUGUUGAGCUAUUAGGAUUCAAAUAUGCAUACCCAUGUACUGGUCAAACAUACUCAAGGAAAAUUGAUAUUGAUGCAAUCUAUCCAUUAACGUCCUUUGGAUCCUCUUGCCAUAAGAUGGCAACCGACAUUAGAUUAUUGGCGAACCUAAAGGAAAUUGAGGAGCCAUUUGAGAAGUCACAAAUUGGAUCAAGUGCAAUGGCAUACAAGAGAAAUCCAAUGAGAAGCGAACGUGUCUGUUCCUUAGCAAGACACUUGGGUUCAUUAUUCCAAGACACAUUCCAAACAGCCUCAAUCCAAUGGUUUGAGAGAACCUUGGACGAUUCAGCAAUCAGAAGGAUUUCUAUUCCUGAGGCAUUUUUAACUGCAGAUAUCCUAUUAAGUACAUUAAUCAACAUUACAGAUGGAUUGGUUGUUUAUCCAAAAGUUAUUGAGAGAAGAAUCAAGAGUGAAUUGCCCUUCAUGGCUACUGAGAACAUCAUCAUGGCAAUGGUUGAGAAAGGUGGAUCAAGACAAGAAUGUCAUGAAGAAAUUCGAGUUUUAUCUCACCAAGCCAGUGCUGUUGUCAAGCAGCAAGGUGGAGACAACGACUUGAUAGAAAGAAUCAAAAAUACCGAAUAUUUCAGACCAAUCUGGAACGACCUUGAUUCAUUGUUAGAUCCAAGCACGUUUAUAGGUAGAGCGCCACAGCAAACCGAGAAAUUCGUCAAUGUUACUGUUAAGGAAGCUUUGAGGGAUUACCAAAAGCUUAUCAACGAUCAAGAAGUUAAAUUAAGUGUUUAA